UGUUAAACGAUGUAACCGACAGACACUGCGGGGACGCGGAGCUCCUCGGUGCCACCGGACAAACGGGAGCAUCCAGCAGCGCGGAGGCGUUUUCAUCAUGGAGAAAAGCAGCAGUCAAACACCGACUUAGAGCCCCGACUGAAAGAGCUCCAGCCUCCGCAGACGCCGGCCCAGAAGGAGGAAGGACCGAGUCCUGCUGACAGGAAGACAACAUGGCCUCUGGAGCGCCACCCCGAAAUCCCUCCUGCGGACUCACAGACAGGAGCAGCAGCUUCUUUAAGCUGAUUGACACGUUUGCGUUGGAGAUUGGGGAGCUGAAGAAGGAGAUGGUCCAGGCCUCUCCAGCUGUGGACACGGAUGCUAUGGAGCUGCGAGGCAGGCUGGAGAGCGGGGUGUACCUGCAGGCUCCCCACUGUGGUGGGCUCGGGGGUGAAAGGGAUUCUGGGUACGACUCCUUGCGCAGGAGGAUGAGCGUGUGGGACAGGCUGACUCAAACACACCCGGCGUGGCUGCUGCUGGCGGUCAGUGAGGAGGAGGCCGGCCGCAUACUGCUCAAACAGCCACCAGGGGUGUUUUUGGUGAGGAAGUCGGCUGCUCUGCAAAGGAAGGUCCUCUCCGUGCGUUUCGAGGAGGAUCAGGAAUCAGGAACUUCCAUCAGUCACUUCCCCGUCAGAGAGAGUCAGUACACCUUUUCUCUCGAGGGAUCCAGGAUCAGCUUUGCAGACCUGUUCCGGCUCGUGGCUUUUUACUGUAUCAGCAGAGAUAUCCUGCCGUUCACACUCAAACUCCCAGAGGCCAUAGCUUCAGCCAAGACCCAGAAGGAGCUGGAGGAGGUGGCUCAGCUCGGAGCAGGUUUCUGGGACUCUGCGCUGUGCAGUCAGCGUCACACCUCGCCCCGUCCCUGCCGCCCUCUGAGCCGGACCCUCAGCCCCCAGAGGACCAGCAGGAACAGUGAGGUUGAGGGGUCGCAGCAGAGACAUACCAAGGCUCACUGUGACAGUGCGCCAGCAACUUUACAAUCCCAUGCCUCUCCAACUUGCUUUCAUCUGGAGAGAAGGCAUUCCAGCGGUCCUCUGUGCUUCAUUAACCCCCUCUUUCUCCAAACCCAUCGGCGCUGCCGCAGCAGCUCUGAGGGGGAGCUGUCUUCACAGGCUGUGAAGUCCAGCGUGGAGAAUGCAGAGGAAUCAAAGCCCUUAAUGAGCAGCCAAAGCAGCGAGCCACAUCUGGAUAAAAUCAAACUGAACAGCAAAUCGCAGUCGCCUCCCCCUCGACCCCCUCCGCCCCGCUCAAUGCCACGCCGACGUCCUGCCCCACCUCCACCUGGACCUCCAGCAGCUACCGCCAGACCCAAGAGCAUGCCAGCGGCAGUAGCUGCAAGGCAGCCCCAAUCCUCCAACAAGCGCCCGGCACCCGCUCGACCUCCGAUGGGCACCAAGCACAGCAGCUCUUCCAAAACUGCCAGCUCACCAAUCCCCGUGUCUUCAAACCCACCGCCUCCAAGGCCAAAGAAGCCAGAUCUGGAAGCCCACCGCUGCCACAUUGCCCUGGAUGAUGAGACCAUUGCCAAGGCUCUAUCUCGUGCCAAACUGCCAUCAUGUCAGCCUCCAUCUGCGAUCCCUGCGGAUCUGCUGCUGGAGAACGCCGGGAGUCCGUCUGAUCCUAAGGAGAGGGGACGCCAGCGGCUCAGUGACAUGAGCAUGUCUACUUCUUCCUCUGACUCACUGGAAUACUCCCAGUCUCCAGGAUUCUCCCUCGGUCUGGCGCCGAGCCCGUCACUACACCUAAAUCACCAAGACCCAGUGGAGGACAGCAGCGAGGAGGAUGACGAUGGGGAAGAAGAGGAAGAGGACUACGGAGUCGGCAUGGAGACGGACCUAGAAAUGCGCCUCCGUCCGUCUUUUAGAGCACGGAGCCGAAGGGUCGGCGUGAGCCUUGGCGGCAGUUCUUUCAUCCUCCCCAGGGCCUUGAAGGGACGCUUUAGCAAGGUGAGCGGCAUGCUCAGCUCCCUCAUGACCCCGGAGAGGCGGGCGGUGAAAAGGAUCGCCGAGCUGUCCAGAGACAAGAGCUCGUACUUCGGCUCCCUGGUUCAGGACUACAUCUGCUUCGUUCAGGAGAACCGAAGCUGUCACACAUCAGGAAUGGAUUUUCUGCAGACUCUCAGGCAGUUUAUGACACAGAUGAAGGCCUACCUGCGCCAGAGCUCUGAGCUCAACCCUCCUAUAGAGUCCCUCAUACCUGAGGACCAGAUUGACCAGGUGUUGGAGAAGGCGAUGCACAAAUGUGUCUUAAAGCCUCUGAAGAGCGUGAUUGAGACAGCUUUACACGACUUCCAGGUGAGCAGUGGAGCUUGGCAGCAGCUGAGGGAAAACCUGGCCCUGGCUAAGACCAAGAAGCCCGAGGAGCUCGGGGUGGACGGCGCCGUGCCCCCUGACGCCGUGGCCAUAGAGAAAAUCCGCCAGAAGCUCCUGAACAUGAGGAAGAUGUACUCCCCCGAGAAGAAGGUGUCGCUGCUGCUGCGAGUGUGUAAGCUCAUCUACACCAUCAUGCAGGAUAACUCAGGGAGGAUGUACGGUGCCGACGACUUCCUGCCCAUGCUGACUUACGUGGUGGCUCAGUGCGACACGCCGCAGCUGGACACAGAGAUCCAGUACAUGAUGGAGCUGCUGGAUCCAUCCCUGCUCCAAGGAGAGGGUGGUUACUACCUGACCAGCGCCUACGGAGCCAUGUCCCUCAUCAAGAACUUCCAGGAGGAGCAGGCGGCCCGGGUGCUGAGCUCCGAGGCCAGGAACACCCUGCACCAGUGGCACCGCCGGCGGACCGCCCAGCGUUCAAUGCCGUGUGUGGACGACUUUCAGAACUAUCUCCGCGUCGCACUGCAGGAGCCGGGCGUGGGCUGCACGGCCAAAACGCUGGUCGUCCACCCGUACACCACCACGGAAGAGGUCUGCUCGCUCUGCGCCCACAAGUUCAAGAUCCCCGACGCUGAGAACUACGCUCUGUUUUUGGUCACCGAGGAAACCAGCCAGCAGCUCAGCCCAGACACAUACCCUCAGCGAAUCAAAGCCGAGCUCCACAGCCGGCCGCACGCUCAGGUCUUCCACUUCGUCUACAGGAGGGUGCCCAACCUGAACCUCUGCAUCCCCGGCAUGGUGCGAAACGGAAACUGUCCUCAGGUUGAAUAGCAGAGGGAGAGAAGCUCCUGAAGAGGAGCUCCACGCCGCGGUGUUCUUCUGGUGCUCAUUGGUGUUUGCUCUGUGGACGUUUGAGGAUGUUUGAAAGGAAAGAGAAGCUGUUGGUAUGUUGUAGCAGGCGUGAAAUAAGGAUGUUUGGUUAGCAAAUGAUUUUUUUUUAUUAAGGACUCUUGAAAUGGCUCAAACCUGGCUCAUGAAAAAGACAAAGAAAUCCAGCUGUGAACUCGGCUGGCCUGUAUGUUAGAAAGGAGUUUAGCAGGUUUUAAAUGAAUGAAGACAAACUGUUGGACACACGUACCAUCCUCACAUAGAUUACUAACGUUUGCCUUAACUACUGCCCCGCGGUGCCUUUAAAACUGUGUGCUACUGACAGCAUUCACCCCAGAUUAAAUCUCCCCCUAAACAUUAAUUUAAUAAGGAAAAAUCAGCUUUUGUAAAGUGUAUGAUUUCUUCUUUUUUUAUUGUUCUGCAGUUGCUGGCCAAUUGCAGUUUAUAUUUCUGUGUAGAAAUAUUUUUAUAUUCAAAUAUUUUUCAUCCCUAAAGUGACAAAGAUUUGUUUUCUGAAUAUUUCUGUACUGGACUCAAUACUGGACUUUAUUUAUGCCAGAUAUUUCAACAAAGUCCAUUUAAAUCAACUGUUUUAUUGUAUGUUUAUUAAAAAAAAAAAAAGC